UCCAACCAUCUGAUUUUUGGACAAGAGUCUUGUCACAAGACCUUUUGUUCUUCUCUCUCUGAAACCCAAUUUGAGGUUGUUCGAUUCGAUCUACGAGAUUCUUGAUCUUAUUACAAGAACUUAAGCGGCUUCAGUUUUUAUUUGGUCGGGUGAUGAUCUUCUCGAUGUCUGUGCUAGGCUUUGGGAAGUAAAUAUAUUUGGUGUUAAGCUUGAGUCUCUCCGGUUUUGAGCUGACUUGAGUUUGUUAGUAUUUAUGGCUGAGGUGGGAAAAGUUCCGGCUAGUGACAUGGAACUAGCCGAUUCAAGCGAGACUAAAGCAGCUGAUGAUGUUGCCGCCACGGAUAAAGUGGAGGUCACACCAGUGACUGUAACUAUAACUGACACUGUUGUUGAAAGUUCGAAAUCUACAGACUGCAAAGAGCUACAACAACUUGUUCCCCAUACCGUAGCUUCACUGUCAGAAGUAGAUGUGGCUUCCCCGACAUCCGAGAAAGCACCGAAGAUUUCUGAAAGUAGCACUCCUAUCAAAUCGCUUAAAAACGCCGAUUUUCGCGUUACAGUAACAACUCGAAAAAUGGUGACACUGAUCGUAGCCACCACCUCCGAUCCAGCGUCGAUCAAUCCUGCAGCGGCGCUUCUCGCCAUGCCCGGUUGGAUCGCCGGACCUAUCUUACCGCCGGACAUAAAGAGUUUCAGUAACAAGCAAACGAGAGUGAUUCAACACGAUAGAUCUAUAGUUAAAGAAGACGAUCUUGAUUUACGUUGGGAAGAAGCUACCGGUGAAGUUAUUGAUGAAGUCAUCUUCCUCAGCCGUCACACCGCCGUCUCAAAUCGUCCUGCUUUAACUGUUCAUCCGAUUGGAGUGCUUCAUCUAAAGGAUGGAGAAUCACCGCCGCAAGGAGGAAAGCCAGGAUGGGCGGCGUUGCCAAACCCUAGAAUUGGUCCAUGGUUUCGUCUUUUGAAGAAAAUGGCUGAAGCUCAUGGUUUAGUUCCUGAGUUUGAGAUAACAUUGGAAGCUACUCAUCAUGGACCAAUAACUAACAAGCCAACGAUGUUUUUGGAGAUUGGUAGUACAGAGGAAUACUGGAAGAGAGAUGAUGCGGCUCAAGUCAUGGCUCUUUUAAUGUGGGAAGGACUUGGGCUAGGAGGCGGUGAAGCCGUGGGGAACUGGAACAGUGAAACCGGAAAGAGGAAAGUUCUCUUAGGGAUUGGAGGUGGACACUAUGCUCCUCGUCACAUGGAUAUAGUUUUGAAAGACGAUAUUUGGGUAGGCCAUUUACUUUCUGGAUACUCAUUACCGAUGGAAGAUCCAACUCAAACCAAAACAACGCCUGUAGAGAAUUACAUUGGUGGAAAUUGGAGACAGUCUAUUAAGGCAGCAUUUGAAGCUACUAAAGCAGCAUUCCCAGGAGGCGAAAUAUUGGCUCAUCUUGACCACAAGAGCUUCAAAGGAUGGCAAAAGAAGGCCAUUACAGAGUUUUUGGCUGAAGAGAGUAUCAAUGUUGGGAAGCCAAACGAUUUCACAUAAACUGUGAGACCCUAAAACAUGUUUAUGGAUUCAGAAUCUAUCAUUUGAUGAUGGGUUUAGAUUAUUUUCAACUAUUACAACUAAGUUGAGAUUGGAAUUCAUCUGUAAAAGUUUCACUUUCAGAUUUAGAUAGACGAAGAAUAAAACAUGAAAAGACAAAACAGGAGAAAUAUAGAAUAAAACACAAGUUGAGUUUUUGUU